AUGGUUGCUCCCAGGAACGCCGCCUACGCGGAGGAGAGCGCAGAGGUGGAGGUGUUGUACGCCAACCUCGAGAAGCUCAAGCUCCUUACGAAGAAGAUUCAAGGCUCUUUGAAUCGUCUGGAAACCGGGGGCAAUGUGGUGAAGCAUGCGAUCGGGCCCAUCUACAGCAAUACCCAAUCGCUACAGAUCACCAACAGCAACAUAGAUAAAGUCAAUGAAGCCAUUGAGCGCCUCCGCCAGCCUCUGGAUGCCAAGGGCAAGGAAGAAGGAAUUAUACGAUCAAGCCCCCAGACCGUCGGUUUGUCGCAAUACCUCUCUGCUGUGAAGCGCGUGGAAAAGGCCUUGGUCGACCUCAACUCAACCAAUCUGCGAUCGAACCAGAAAGCUAUUUCCGAAUUUACUUCUUUGCUGGUGCUUGGAAACUCUCAGCUCCAAGACAUGCUCCGCGGCACUUUGAGCGGUUACGUUAAUCCGAUCGAACCAUUACACUACCUAACAAAAGGUUGGUGUCCACUACACAACUCUCACUCGGAUAUAGAUACUAAUGACUUGCGCCUCGCUCUAGAACUCUCAUUCCCCUCGCUACCUGAUGAGACCAUCGCGGAGUUGGGUCCAGUAUGUUCGGCUAUCGGCUCUGCAGCGAGCUAUGGGCCGCAGCGGGGUGAUGGCGGAAACCCCGCCCUCAAAAUCUACGCGGAUAUUCGUGGACCAUAUAUCACAUCGAGCUUGCAGAACCUGGCCAUAGCAUCUCUCAAUACUGUCAAACGACGGGCUGCCGACGGCCCCUACAAGCAAGGCACCAACGGUAUUGGGAUCUAUUCCAACGCUUUAGAAAGCUUUAUCUAUGCAGAACAUGAUAUCCUCGUACGCGUCUUUACCGGGGAUCAACGGGGGCUGGCUCUGCAAGCAACUUGUCGCUCCGCUUUGACCGAAUACGCGCAAACCUUGCGCGAGCUCAACCAGUAUAUCAGAGCAAACUUCAUGACGGAUUGCUUUUUAGCAUUCGAGAUCAUCGAGAUUGUUACGGCCAUGUCGUACCGUGUGGAGUCGAAAACAGGCGAGUUGAAAAGCCUUUUCAUCGAGGCUCUUAGGCCGGUUCGGGAGACGGCAAAAUCGUCGCUUUCGGAGCUACUGGAGGAGACAAAACGCAAGGCUGCAGGGAUUGCCAUGCUCCCGCCAGAUGGCGGGUCUGUUCCCCUUGUCAAUGAAGUCAUGAGUUCCCUUACUACCCUGACAGGCUAUUCGGGGCCGCUCGCAUCGAUCUUGACAUCCCUGGGAGAUGGAAAUUGGCGGUCCACGACCAAUGCAGCGCCCACGGCGCCCUUGGAUGUCAGCCCGGACAGCAUGACGCUCUUAUCGCACUUCAUCCUCGAUAUGAUUGAAGCUCUCAUGAUUGCUCUGGAAGCUCGAGGCCGAGCGCUUCACCGCUCAAAGGCAGUCCAGGGUGUUUUCUUGUCCAACGUAUUCUGUACGGUUGACCGCUCCAUACGGCAGAGUUCUGAGUUAGCCCGAUACCUUGGCUCUCCCGACAGCAUUGCACGAAUCGAUACUUUUCGGAAACGGGCCACUUCGACUUAUCUCGAUGCGUGGAAAGAAACUUCCCACUAUCUUCUCGACGUGCAGUAUACCUCUCGGGGCUCUGGUGGGUCAGCACGACCGGCGUCUGGAGGCGUUGUCGACUCCGCUGCCAUUGUUAAAUCACUCUCCUCUAAAGACAAGGACGCCAUCAAAGACAAGUUCAAGGCGUUCAAUGCUAGCUUCGACGAAUUGGUGGCCCGUCACAAGGCACUGUAUAUGGAGCGGGAGGUCCGCGGGGUGCUCGCCCGGGAGGUCCAGGCUGUUCUCGAGCCACUCUAUGCCCGAUUCUGGGACCGCUAUCAUGAGAUCGACAAGGGACGAGGCAAAUAUGUCAAAUACGACAAAGGCAGCCUGUCGGCUCAAUUGGCAGCGCUUACAUGA